AUGGCGGCUGGCGAAGAAGGCCAAGGCCUGGCCCGCCGGACACAACAUGGUGGACGGAACGACGGAAAAGAAAUUGGAGCGAUGCCGAGAAUUCUUUGGGCACUCCUUGUGGGCAUUGCCUUGCUGGGCCUCGCGAAUGCACAGACGUCGAGGCCGCAAUUGAGUGGAUAUUUCACGUUCCUUCGGUACCGAAACCAAGCCUGCGAAGGAAAAUACGGCCAGAACGGAACAUGCGUCACCGAGCAGGAGUGUGGCGCCAAACAGGGCACGGACAUAGGACGAUGCGCUGAAGGCUAUGGAGUCUGCUGCAGAGUGAGUUUCACGUGCAACAUGGUGAGCAGUGUGAAUGAGACCGAGUUCGUGAACCCGAGCUACCCGAGCGGCGAGGUCGGCACGGGUACCUGCGAGGUGACGAUCACCAAGACGCCCGACAUCUGCCAACUACGCCUGGACUUCCUUGAGUUCAGCUUGGCGCCUCCCGAUGAGCAGGGUCUGUGCAACGUCGACUCGUUCAUGGUCCGCAGCACCGUGGGCGAGAAUCUACCGCAGCUCUGCGGUGAAAACAACGGACAACACCUGUACGUUGACAUGGGUCGACAGUCUGGCAACCCAGUCGUGCUCAGCGUUAUCAGCCGAGGAGGCAAGCGCCCGAGGCGGUGGAGAAUCAAGAUCAGCAUGAUUCAAUGUGGAAGCCUUGAUAUCGGUAUGUUCCCUAAACCAAGGCUGCAGAAAUGGUUUCUUUUUACCAUGGCGACCUACAACCGCUCAUGA